GUCGGUAAUGAAAUUUGACAACUCAACAAAUCAAAAGACUUGUUCCACUUUCAUUUUUCCCAUAAACAACCAUCCUUUCUCGUUCAUUCAACGUUCAUCAUAAUUCGUACUUUCCACCAUGAAACCCCGUCCAGACCCCAGCCCCGCAACACUUGCCAUAACGGUGGUCCUAGCCAUCAUUAUCUCUUUUCCAGUCGCUCGUUGCCAGGACACUAGUCCAUACGAUAUAUGUGGCCAGUCGGUCCAGUGUGGAGAAAUUGAAAUCGUGUACCCUUUUUGGCUGUCAGGCAGGCCACAACAUUGCGGCCACCUGGAUUUUCAGCUAUCCUGCCGAUCUGAUGUUCCUAUGGUCCGUUUAGGGCCAGUAGACUAUCGGGUCCUAAAAACUGACAGCAGUAUACACACGGUCACUGUUGCUAGAAAUGAUCUAUGGACCAACAAUUGCCCUCAACCUCUUUACAACACCACCUAUAACACUACACUUUUCAACGGCAAUAAUUUUGGCCAGGAGGAAGUAUCUUUGUACUACGGAUGCCAAGGUAUAUUAGGUGCGAGUCCGUUGGAUGCUGGUUAUCGGUUCAGUUGCGAUGUGAAUCAGACCCAAAGUGAUAGUUAUUUCUAUAGAACCAGUUUAAUCAACAAUGAUACUACGAAUAGCAGUUUUUUGGUGCAAUGCAACAGUCAUAUUACUGUACCAGUGGAUCAGUCUUGGGUAAAUCGAGUAGGACCUGCUUCCGUGAGUGAUUUGAGACAAGCUUUGCAGGAUGGUUUCAAGCUACGGUGGACGGCGUAUAACGACGAGUGUGAUCGGUGUGAUCGGUCCGGUGGUAGAUGUGGGUCUAACUCAACUUCACCUGAUCAGUUUGUUUGCUACUGUGCUAGCGGGAACUUCUCUGCAACUUGUAACAACGUUUCCGUGGAAAAUGGAGGAGGGGGUUCAAAGAGUAGUUCUCUGGGUAUAGUACUUGGAAUCGUUGGAGCAGUUAUUGCUGUUGUUGGCAUUGGAUGUGGAAUCUUUGUUUGCCAACAAAGAAAAAAAACGCGCCCAAUCAAAGAAUGGGUCAAGGUAUUUUAUCAAAACCCGAGUUCACCUGUCUCUCCUAAAGGACCUGAAGCUGCAAAUGAUAAUAUAGAAAUAUUCAUAAGGAAUUAUGGAAAUUUGGCACCAAAAAGAUACAAGUAUUCAGAAAUCGAGAAAAUGACAAACUCGUUCCUAGAGAAACUGGGACACGGAGGAUAUGGAAGUGUUUACAAAGGACAACUACCUAAUGGGCAUCUAGUUGCAGUGAAGCUCUUGAGUGAAGCGACGGGAAAUGGAGAAGAUUUCAUUAAUGAAGUUGCGAGCAUCGGUAGAACUUCUCAUGUCAACAUAGUCACUCUGUUAGGUUUCUGCUUUGAAGGAAAGAAAAGAGCCCUGUUGUAUAAGUUCAUGCCAAACGGAUCCUUGGAUAAGUUUCUACGUGGUGAUGGCUCCCAUUUGGACUGGAACACAUUGUUCCAAAUCGCAAAAGGGAUUGCAAGAGGUCUAGAGUACCUUCACAAAGGUUGUAACACAAGAAUUGUGCACUUUGACAUAAAACCUCACAACAUCCUUUUGGAUGAAGAAUUUGUCCCAAAAAUAUCUGAUUUUGGACUAGCUAAGUUGUGCAAGACAAAAGAAAGUAUUGUGUCUGUAAUGGGUGCAAGAGGUACUGCCGGAUACAUGGCACCUGAAGUAUUUUUCAAGAGUCUUGGAGGUGCAUCUCACAAGUCUGAUGUGUAUAGCUACGGGAUGAUGGUUCUUGAAAUGACGGGUGCACGUAAGCACAAUAACACUAGCGUGAAUAGCACAAGUGAAGCAUACUUUCCAGAUUGGGUAUACAAGCAAGUAGAAGUUGGAGGCGAUUUAGAGGACUAUGGGGUGACAAGUGAAGAGGAAGAGGAAUUAGCUAGGAAGAUGAUGAUAGUGAGCCUUUGGUGCAUUCAGUCUAAUCCAUCAGAUCGGCCAUCUAUAAGUAAAGUUGUGGAGAUGUUAGAAGGAAGCUUCGAGUUAUUGCAAGUUCCCCCUAGACGCUUCGAGCCAUCUCCCGCAAGGCCUUUUCAACGCACUCCCACCUCAUCCAUUCAGAGUUCAAGCUUUGAGAGAAUAUCAACUGUGCAGGGAAAGAUAUCUCUACCUUUCUCUCAUGAAGCCAGCUAGUGAACUAGCUUAACCUAUUCUUAAGUUUUAUGGGCUUCUAAAUUUUGUUGGAUAAGAUUUUUUUUUUAAAUAUUUUGUGUGUAACAGGAAAAAAUUCAAUCAAAAUGAAACAUAAACUUAGACGAAA